UUGUGGCAGCCAUCUUGAAUCACACCGAGAGGAGUCCUGGAACGAGGAUAUAUCUCAAUAUGGCGGAACAACUACCCAGAUUUCGUCGUGAAUUCAAACGAUACAAACAGCGAAAACCGCCGCCAGACUUUUCAGAUGUGAUCGAUUUUGAAGUGGAGGAAUCUUGGAAAGGACGGGUACAGAAAUGUUGCUGUGGUUUACAAGAUCAAGAAAUUGAGAAAACUGAUAUCGUUGAGCUUGGUUUAAACGAUAUAGAUGCCUGGAAAUGUUAUGAAAUUGACGGUUACAAAGGAUUUAAAAUAAUCGUGAAUGCAUUCACCCCGUCUUGUCAAAUGCAGUGGAUACGGAAAUGUGUUGAGAACUAUCCCGAAAAGCCCAACGUCUGUAAUUUAGACGCAAACGUUGAAAUAGGAAAUAAAAAUUUGUGGAAACUUUACGAAGAAUAUUGUUUACUGAGUGAAGAUAAAUGCAACGAACAGCGUUCCACGAUAUCAAAACCUCUAAUGGAUCAGUUACGAUGGGUUACGUUAGGUUACCAUUACAACUGGAAUACGAAGAAAUAUUCCAAAGAUCAUUCUUCUACGUUUCCUUACGACCUUGGCAAUCUGGCUAAAACUAUUUCGCGGGUCCUGGGUUAUUCCUGUUUCACAGCCGAGGCAGCCAUAAUCAACUAUUAUCAUAUGAAUUCUACCCUCUCUGGUCAUACUGAUCAUUCAGAAUACGAUUUAACGGCGCCUCUGUUCUCAAUUAGUUUUGGUCAAUCAUGUAUAUUUCUUCUUGGCGGGAAAACUUUAGAUGAUGCCCCAUGCGCAAUGUUUCUACGCAGUGGUGAUGUCAUUGUUAUGUCAGGUGACUCGAGGCUGGCCUAUCACGCUGUUCCUAGGAUAUUACGUCAUCAAGACUUCACCAGCGUACUCACACAAAACAACAAACAUGAGACAUGUGAGGAGCACACGCUCCGCUGUCUUGAGAGAUAUCUCAGCUAUUCAAGAAUUAAUGUUAAUAUCAGACAGGUUGAGGGUCCGGGCGGGGGUUUUCCCCAAACAAAAUGAAGCAAUUUAGUCAAUAAAAUUAAACCAUAUCAACCUCGCAAGCCAGGGAACUCCCCCCCUUUCAACUCCCCUGUCUUUGCGACAACAUAGUCAAGAAACCCUAGCUAGCGAUAAUAUCUGUAUUAUAAAAAUAUCCUGCAGUUAUCACAAGAAAUAUUACCUUAAAUUAUUUAAGAUCAUUCCUAAUAUUCGGGUCAUUGAUGACGCUUGGAGAUUCGUUUCGUUUCAUCGCGUCAAAUUUAUAUUUCACACUCACGCGGUCUUUUGUCAACAUCUUCGUUUUUUCACGGUUCUUCUUUUUCCACAAGCAAAUCCCCACAAGAGCAGCAAGGAUCAGAAGAACUCCAGAAAUACCAAGAAGAAUAUAACCGACUAUGUUUGACUCGUCAUCCUCGCUUGUGUCGUCUAUAAUCAUGCAAAACCAGCAAUAUUUGCUUUAGUAAAACUGAAGG